CCGUCGGCCCUAACCGAGCUGGGUGCCCGUGGCCGGGGUGACGCCUCCAUUCCUCCCCCCUCAACACCGUCCUCGGUCCUUCGAAGUUGCAUCCUCUCCUCUGCUUAGAGUGCGCCCCCCCUCGCGCACUCGCUUACUCGCCACCUUUCCUAAGCUCCCCUCCUGCCCCCUCCCCGCUCCUCGCCUCAGACUCCCUCCCCCUCACGUCCGCCCUCUGCCUUCGCCUACCCAAGUGGAUUAAUUAUACGCUUUCUGUUUCUCUCCGUGCUGUCCUCUCCCGCUGUGAGCCUACCCGCCUCUCGCUGUCCUCUCUCCCUCUCUCCCUCUCUGUGGUCCCCCCCUUUCACGUUCACUCUGUCUCUCUCACUAUCUCUGCCCCCCAACUAUCCUUUAUACAACAGCUGACCUCAUUUCCCGAUACCUUUCCCCCCCGAAAGUACAAUAUCUGGCCCGCCCCAGCCCUAAGAUACCCUAAAGAAGCAGAAGAGACGCCCCCCAUCCCCACCAAAAAAGCCAUCUCCCCGUUCUGUCCCGUCGCACAUUCGGCUCUGCGACUCGGCCAGAGCGGCGCUGGCAGAGGAGUGCCCGGCAGAAGGGCCUUCGCCCGCUGUUCGGUUUGCAUACCCGCAGCAGGGAGAUGGGCGGCAGCGUCGCCGGCUUCCAGGUACCAAUGGGGAUCCCAGUGGGGAAGUCGAUGUUGGUGCUUCUCAUCUCUUUGGCCUUCGCCUUGUGCUGCAUCGCUGCUUACCGCCCCAGAGAGACUCUGUGCGGAGGGGAGCUUGUUGACACGCUUCAGUUUGUCUGUUCGGACCGCGGCUUCUACUUCAGCAGGCCUUCAAGCCGUGCCAACCGUCGCAGCCGUGGCAUCGUGGAAGAGUGCUGCUUCCGCAGCUGCGACCUGGCCCUUCUGGAGACUUACUGUGCCACCCCCGCCAAGUCCGAGAGGGACGUGUCUACCUCUCAGGCCGUACUUCCGGACGACUUCCCCAGAUACCCCGUGGGCAAGUUCUUCCAAUAUGACACCUGGAGACAGUCCGCGGGACGCCUGCGCAGAGGCCUGCCUGCCCUCCUGCGUGCCCGCCGGGGUCGCAUGCUUGCCAAAGAGCUCGAAGCGUUCAGAGAGGCCAAACGUCACCGUCCCCUGAUCGUGUUACCACCCAGAGACCCCGCCCACGGGGGAGCCUCUUCGGAGAUGUCCAGCAACCAUCAGUGAACCAAAUUAUGUGGUAAUUCUGCAAUGUAGUACCAUCAAUCUGUGACCUCCUCUUGAGCAGGGACAGUUCCAUCACGUCCCACACUAAGAUCUCUCUGCUCCACUUCCCGCCCCAGGUUUCUCCCUACCCACCCCCAUGCCCCGCCUCCCCACAUCAGGCUGCUCCCCUUGCCCCACACCAUCGGGCAAGGGGAUCUCAGCAACUCUUCAAAACAAAUUUGAUUGGCUCUAAACAACUCAAUUGACACCCUCCAAAUUAUAUAUGCACAUUUAAAAAAAACCCUUUAAAACAUACAGUCUACAGUCCCUUUAAAACAAAUUGGCUUUUAAGAAACUCCAUAAAUGAUUUAAAAAUUAAAUAACUAAAAAAAUAAUUGGCUUAAAACAUUCUAAAAAUCAAUUGGCUUAAAAACAAUUGGCAAAAUCAAAUGAUUCGGCGCCCCCCCCCCCUUCAUCUUCUUCCCAUUUGGAUCUUUAGUCAAAUUGGCUUAGACUUGGAUCUCAGAACCCAAGAAGAAAGGAAGGGGACCCAAAAUUUUGUAGGUGGCAUGUCAUCGCUUCAGUGCCCUCUUCUUGUCACCAGGCGCUUUUUAGCGUAAGCUGGCUGUGAACAACGGUAGCCGCCCAAACUCUUUCUUCACUGGUCAUUCCAUCACAAAUGUCCCCCAUGUCACCAAGGAGGGGGCUGGGUGAAGGAACCCAAGGAAAGGAACACAACAUGAGAACUGGAAAUAGAUCUUAAUUGGCACCAGCCCCCGUCCCCCAAAUCUCACUUUUCUAUACCUGCUCUAAAAAGCACAUGUUUAUACUCACACACAGACAUGCACACACACACACACACACACACACACACACACACACACACACACACACACACACAAUUGGAUGAGAACACUGAAUUGGCUCAGCAACUUCAAUUCGAACCCCACUGACCAAACCAAGGCCCACUCCAAAUUCCCCGAGCAGUUCACAUAGUUUGAGUUCUCCUCCCGAUCCAUCUAGUUUCUGCUGCUGCUUGUCCUGUGUGACCCGGCUGUUAGUUCUGUCUUUCUCGGUGAGGGAGGCAUUCUAGCACGGCUCGCUUCCAUCUGAGCACCUGUCCACAGGGACUUCUACAGCAUGAGCCCCGGUACUCCUCAGCCCCCAUGAGGACCAGUGUUUAUCCAGUGUAGAAUAAGUUUGGCCAGAUAAGGAGAUGGCACUGCCAAGUGAUACAUGCUGCCCAAGUAGCCUGACCCCUAGGUGUGUUCCUGGGAAGAAAGAUCUGGGGGACAACCCCUCCCCCAAGCACACCUAUGGGCCAUCUCUGUCAGUCUCCUGGGGAGCCCCCACUUUUUAGGGGCUCCCCAGGAGACUCACACUGAUGAUGGGGAGUGUGGGAAGUCUGGCGGUUGGAGGGGUGGGUGGGGGGCAGUGGGGGCUGGGUGGGGGGAGCUAUGGGUAGGAAGUGGUCCCAGAGAGGUUUUAGUGGAAGAAUCAGGAGGAGGCACAGGUCAACUUGCAGAAUUACUGAAGAAUCAGGACCCCAAAUUUUAUGACAAUUAGUCUAUUCCCCUCUUUUAUUUUCUGGGGCCGGUUUUUUCCCUUUUUUUUUUUUUUGUUUUUUUUUAUCCCUCCUUAGCUUUUUAUGCGCUCAUAAUCAAAUUGUACCCAUUCCCUACAUAACGGGAGCAGUGAUCAAGUAAUGAAUGUAAUGAGCCAACAACACCGGCUAGAGCCAGCAACACCGGCUACCACCAUGUCCUGCUCUCCGCCAUUUAUCAACCUUGAUUUGAUUUUUGUUUUUUUUUUUUUAUCUCUUUCUCUAUCGCUUGGCCUGAGUUGGGAGUGGAGUCUCUGUGGGGUGCUGGCCACGCACCCACAGAGAAAUAAAAGGAAUUGAGAAGGCCGCUACCUGGCCUGACUUCUGGGGACAGUGGCUGGUCCCCAGAAGUUCUGAGGAGUGGAGGGGUCGUGGGGCAGUGUCCCCUCAGGUGUUAGGAAGGUGCUCGGAGGCCACAAAGAUGGGGCCCCCAGCUGGCUACUGCCAGUUGGGGGGGAAGGGGUUAUAGAUGUGAGAGUAGAGGGGUUCCAUCAGGCGGGAGCAAGUGGCUGCCUUCUGAGCACUUGGGGGAAGUCCACCCCCGUCCCUCAGCGUCAUCUUACCCACUCCUCAGCACCCCACCUUGCCCACAGGAGGUCUGGAGCUCUACAGACCUCCUAGGGGCAAGGUGGGGUGAGGCCUGGAGUUGGGGAGGCGAGGAGGCUUAAAGCCUUCAGAGCUAGGAGAACUGUGUACAUGGGGUUGUCUGGGCCCUGGGGCCCGAGGGUCUGGUGAGCCGUAGCAGCCACUCCACGGUGCCUAGGACUGCGGUGGGGAACAGGACGGCUGGAGGUUUACCUCACCCCCACUUCUGCUUCCAGUGCAGUCCCCCUGCCCAACAGUCCAACUAGCAAUCUAGAGGCCUGAGGCUUCUGGGCCCAGGUGACAGGACUGGCACCACCCUGGGGGCGGUGUGUGUCAGCCAAGCAUGGCACAGAGGGUCUCUCAGCAAGUGCCUAAAGAAUGGGCCAUUUGGAACAUUGGACAGAAACUCAAAAAGUAAAUUCUUAUAAUUGGAGAAUGUGAAUUGGCUUGGUCCCCAAAAUAACUCGAGGCACCCUAAAUUACCUACCCAUUUGACUGGACACCUACCCAGUGUUAAUAUGCCUCGUGGGAUGGGUGCUUUCAGGGGCAUUUGCUGACCACCCUCUGUGUCCCCAGAUUUGCAGUUCUCCUCAUCAUAGGUCACCCUGAUGUAGGCACCUCCCUGGCCUCCCAUGCCUAGUGUGGCCCUCCAUCUUGUCUCUUCCUCACUGUCUUCGGUGGGAUCCCCUCUUGGGUCCCUCCCUUUGUCAUCAUGUGAAGACUUCCCACGUGUCGAACGCCAUAUGUCACCUGUGCCACUGUCCAUGUCAUCCAGCAGUGGCCCCAGGUGUUUGCCCCAACUCAGUCCCUUUAACAUGCAUUUUCUGGCAAAAUCCAAAGCUUGGGUUUUGUUUUUAACCUGUUAACGCUCGCAAACCUAAUAAAGCAUUUAAAAUUCUA